AGACAGGUUUAUUCCUAAACUGGGCUAUUGUUCAGGCCACAGCCCACGCCGCUAAAUGCCGAACGUACACAAUUAUACCAAGUCUAAUUGAGGGUUACUCCCAUAGGAACAGAUCAAGGCCCCGAACAGAAAAAGAGAUAAAAUGAGACAGUAAUCCCUAUUUAUGCAUUUCCAAAUCCCGCGGGAUUACCCAUCAUACCCCCCCAACCUUUCCCUCUGUCCUGACAUAUUUAACCCCUGCUAGUAGCCAUGAGAACCAUAACACACCCACAAACACAGAACACAAUACCGGGUCGUUACAGUACUUUUUUGGAUUAGGGUCGCAGUAUAUUAUGCAUAGCAGCAAAGGCUGUACACAUAUUUAUAUUUUGUUCUAAUAUGUAACAAUUUUAUAUACCGUAUUCUAUGUACAUAAGUGGACAUUUUAUAAAGGGACAUCUUUUUUUUCUGAUAAAACAAUGGCCAGUUUGCGUCCCAGUUUCACUUUUUUUAUUAUUUGUUGUAAAAACAAGUAGGCUAUAUCUGGCCCGCAAAUUCGUAGUUUUUUUCAAUAUGGCCCGUGCACUGAUUGAGUUUGACACCCUUGGGCUAGCGUAUUUAUUUAGCAAGCUAAAAACACAGAGCCUAACGUUAGCUAGCUAGCUGUUAGGAGGAUGUCAUGUUAUUGGUUGAGUGUGUGAGUGACCGACUUUUUCCCCCUGAUCGUUUUUCGGUGGCUACAGCUAGAGAUGCAGCUGUCAUUUGGUUAGUUAGCGAGAAAUGUGAAUUGCUUUGCUAGCUCGCAAAGCUGAACUUGAACGACUGUUAUCCACAGUUAGUAUAUCUCUUAGUUGUGAUCAAAUGUAUUUGGCAUUGAUCAAAUGGGCGGGUAGGCAGGGAAGUUCCUAUUCAGUUUUCAAAACAUGGGUUGUGACAAGCAUGCAUUAGCAGGUAAGCUGCAGAAGGACGAGCAGGCUACUUACUAUUCCCCCAUCGUUUAUCAGUGCAAUUUUGACGGCCAACUAGCUGAAAAAGUGCCCUGUCAGGUUUUCGUCACAUUCAUGUUGUUGACAUGGAUACCAUUGAUAUCUCCAAUCUCAACAGGCAGUUCCUUUUCAGGACCAAAGAUGUUGGACGGCCAAAAGCAGAUGUGGCUGCUGACUUUGUCAAUGGUCGCGUCCCUGGAUGUCAAGUCGUCCCGUAUCCUUUACAACUGACGUGAUGGUGUUGGUUUGGAUGGGGAUAACCCUGAGCACAUCCAGUGGGUGUUCCAGAGGGCCCAGGAGAGAGCUGCUGACUACAGCAUCACAGGAGUCACAUACAGACUCUCACAAGGAGAACUGCUCAGCUUGUAGCCAGGUGCCCCAGGAUCUACAGUUCCCACCCUCUGCCAAGCUACAGGAGGUCCUGGAGUACUUGACAGAGAACGCCUCCCUACAAAUGAAAUCUCCAGCCAUCACAGCAACCCUGGAAGGGAAAAAUAAGACACUGUAUUUACAGACUAUAGCUUCAAUUGAAGAAAGAACUAGACCAAACCUUUGCAAAACCUUGAAAGAACUGGGAUUGUCUGAUGGACAGGAACUAGCAGUGGCGGAUGUCACCACACCUCAGACUGUCCUCUUCAAGUUGAAACUCACCUUUAAAGGGCUUGUGCAGUCAUAAAUGUGAUUUUUCUUAUGUUUUAUCUAUAUUUCCACACUAUGAGGUUGGAAUAAUUCUGUGAAAAUUAUGAUAAUACCCUUUUAAUGUAAGCUUGUUUGAAAAGAACGCCUGAAAUUUCAGGUAAUUUUGCAUGGGUGGAGUUUUGGCCUGCCUGGCAACAUUACCGGGCGGUGUUAAUAGACCAAUAACAGAGAGUUCCAAACCUCUGCCAAUAACAGCUAGUUUUCAGGUUACAUAUCCCUCCCAUUAAGCUUCUCCAAUUAGGUGCCUCUCAGACCACUCCCAGACAGUCCUAACGAAAUUAUUGCUUGAGAAAUUGCUUUUUGUUAAGAAGCUAUUUUUGUUUCUUUUUUACCAUUGUUUUCAAUUAAAAUCACAGUAAGGUACUUAAUUCUUACCCAGAAAUGAUUUGAUAUUGAGAUAAAAAUGACUGCAUUGGACCUUUUUUAAAAUGCAGAAUCUGUCAAGACAUUUGACAACCUUUGGGGAGAAAGUGGCAAGUGAUACAGCGUGGCAUGGUUUUAAUAUAUUUUAGUCUGAUAAUGUAUAUAAGAUCAUUUUCUCUGUCGUAUUGGCCCAUUAUGGGAGGUAGCUGAUGGCCAUCAACUUUCUAUAUCACUAUAUGUGGAAUCAGUCUGUGAAAAUGUUUCUUAAUGUUUUACUCCUAAAUGUUUGCUCCAAACGGCUGUCUUUCCCUCAUUCAAAAGAGCAGUCGUUUAUAUUGGGUACCAGUCAAAAGUUUGGACACACCUACUCAUUCCAGGGUUUUUGUUUAUUUUUUAUUAUUUUCUACAUUGUAGAAUAACAGUGAAGACAUCAAAACUAUGAAAUAACACAUAUGGAAUCAUCUAGUAACC